CAGCAAGCCUUUGCCGACGCUAAGAAAAAAAAAUAAUGCGUGAAAGACGCGAACGAGAACGAGAGCGGGAGAGAGAUCGCGACCGGGAUCGGGAUCGGGAGCGAGAUAGAAACCGUGAUAGAGAUCGAGAACGGGAUAGGGAACGGGAACGGUACCGUUCCAAAUCCAAAUCUCCCUCACGUAGCAGCAGGAACAGAUCAAAGUCAAAGAAAAAGAAGUCUAAGAAAUCCAAAAAGUAUUACCGACGUAGCCGCAGCAGUAGCCGAAGCUCAUCUCGUAGCACAACACCACACAGUUCCCGAAGCAGCUCAAGAAGCCGACAGAGCAAAAGCAGGGACGUCGAUUCUCGAAAAUCGAAAUCCCGGUCCGUAUCACAACGCACAACAAGAGCGCCCAGUUCCGAGAGCACUUCGCGCCAGGCCAGCACAUCCACAGUCCCGCCCAUCAAAGCCAUUGACCUGCUGGACGCAAAAGUGCAAAAGGCUCUGGAAACCAUUGAUGAGGAUGCCUUUAAGCCGUCUGCAUUCUUCAGCACACGGGACCGUGAAGCGCAAGAUGACAAGGUAAUAAUUGAUUUAAAUAAGGAAACGGUUACCAUACCCAAGCCUAUCGAAGUUGUUCAAUCAAAAGAUGACGAUAUAUUUCAUCCAAACUUUUUAGCCGAUUCUGACCUAAAGGCCGACAAAUGGCUCCGCAAACUCUUCAAUUAUCGUCAAAAGUACAUACAGCAAUAGAAACCCAACAUA